AUGAUGAAAGUGUUUAUAUUUUUAAUUGUGUUUCUUAAUCUUUCAAAUGAAAUCAUAAGUGAAAAAUGUCAAGGUAUUUCUCAAUAUAAUAGAUGUUCUGUUAAUCCAGCAUGUGGUUGUCUUUAUUCAUCUUUCGAUACUAAUAACACCAUAUGUGGUUAUCUUUAUACAGCUUGUUCGGAAUUUUCUGCAUGUUUCAAUAAUAAUCAAUCAUGUUAUUAUCGUGAUCAUGUUUGUAUUAAACAUCCACGAUGUUCGAAUAAUCAUCCAAUAUGUUAUCCAAUGAGAUUGGCGAGUGAAGCGAUGUGUCCAUCAAUGUUUCCAUCAACAACAACUGUCCCAACACUACCAAUACCAGAUGAUGGUAUUUGUGCAAAUGCAACAUGGGAUACAAAUGGCAUCACUGUAGCUGGAGGAAAUGGACGAGGAUCUGCAAUAAAUCAACUCGAUGAUCCAAAAGGAAUAUUUGUUGAUGAUGAUGAUAUAAUUUAUAUUGCCGAUGCAAAUAAUCAUCGAGUCAUGAAAUGGAUACGUGGAGUUUCGAAUGGUCAAGUUGUAGCUGGUGGAAAUGGUCAAGGAAAUCGAAGUGAUCAAUUAGAUCGUGUAUCAAGUCUUGUUGUUAGUCAAAAUGGGACAAUGUUUAUUUGUGAUCAAAAUAAUAGACGAAUACAAAAAUGGUUAAAGAAUAAUAAUCAAGGACAAACACUUGUGAUGAAUGUUUCAUGUUAUGGAAUGGCAAUGGAUAGUGAAGGAUCGUUAUAUGAUUCAAGUUAUGAUGAUGGUCGGGUGUCGAAAUGGCCGCAUGAUCAGUUAGUUGCUGGUGGAAAUGGACAAGGACCGAAUUUAGAUCAACUAUCAAAUGCAGUUAGAUUAUUUGUUGAUCAAGAUCAUUCAGUUUUUGUUGCUGAUUCACAUAAUAGUCGUGUAAUGAAAUGGCCUGUCGGUGCUAAACAAGGAAUUGUUGUAGCUGGUGGAAAUGGUAGAGGAUCUAACAAUAAUCAAUUGAAUGAACCUUUCGCAGUUGUUGCUGAUCGAAUGGGUACUGUCUAUGUUGCUGAAUGGGGUAAUCAACGUGUGAUGCGGUGGUUUAAAGAUUCCAAAUCGGGUACUGUUAUUAUUGGUGGACGAGGAAUGGGAAGUCAACCAUAUCAAUUAUCACGACCAAAAGAUUUAGCAUUUGAUCGACAUGGCAAUUUGUACGUUGCAGAUACGGAAAAUUUUCGUGUUCAAAUGUUUCCAAUAGAUAAGAGUUCCUGUUUGUCAAGUUGA